AUGUUUCGCUCCUCUGGGGCGGUGUCAGCGGCUAUGUCUAGCCGUGGAAACCGGAAUGCAGCCAGUGCCAACCAGGAUUAUGAAAUCAUUUUACCUACUCUACCAACCGGUCGGAUUGUUUUGAACACUGUAUUUUUUCAUGCGGAUGUUCGUGGAAGACCCUACCGUGUAGAAGAUAUUCGUGAUGCAUUUGGUGCUUUGGCAAUGCUCCCUGACGUUGAAGCGUUAGGGGCAUACCAAAUGAACCACGUGUGGGCGGUGACGCUGAAGACUACGGAGGCUAAGAAUAGGUUGCUUUCUGCAACUGAAGUGACCGUGAAGGAGCGCCGUUGUCUCAUCGUAGAUCCAAACAACCAAGAUGUUCGACUAAAGCUGCAUUGGGUCCUGCAUUAUGUGGACGACGAAGACAUACGGACCGCUUUUGCACCCUACAGAAAAGUCACCGAAGUCGCAAGAGAGCGAUGGCGAAUGGAAGGGUUAUCGGAGAAAGGCUCUACAACGCGUAUUAUCAGUCUUCAGCUCAAGGCAGGCUACACGAAGGAAGACAUCCCACAUCAACUACGAGUAGCAGGUGAUCUCACGCUAGUCGUUGUGGCUGGAAGAGCUCCACUCUGCCUACGGUGUAAAGGGACUGGCCACAUACGACGCGAAUGUCGUGUUCCUCGGUGCGCGCUUUGCAGACGUUUUGGUCACGCUGAGGAAGAGUGCGUGAAGACUUAUGCGAAGGUUACAGGCCGAUCUGCGUGUGACGACAACGCAGAGCUACAAAUGGAUGAAUCGGAAGCUGAGGAUGUUUCCACCAGCAAGACCAGAGAACCCGAACAAGAGGAAACGCCCGCUUCGUCGCAUUCGCCCAACGUAAACAAAGAGAAAGAGGAUAACGGUGAGCAAGUUGUACAACCUUUGCUGCCUCCUGCGACGAAAACCAGUGCGACCAACAGUUCAGGAAAAAAACCCAUCAAGAGCCAGUCAACGCCUUUGGAGAAAUCCGAAGAUGUCGACAUGAAUGAUUUGAAGAACGGUGCAGGGAAGAGAACACACGAGGAAACACCAGCAGUGAACGCGGCCUCAAACGAGCCCACUGCCGGCGAGCCACCCCCUAAAGCGGCCCAAGGGCGCCGCACGAGCUUCAAGCCAAAGCCCAACGUACCACUGGACCGUCAUAUUCCGGGGGGCACGUAG